CCAGGGCCAGUGGUCAGGCAGCCUCGGAGUGAUGACCUCUUCUUGGGAGGGUCGGCGGGAAGGGAAGAAUAAUGCUACCAUUAGAAACAAACGGCUGGGCACGUAGGAGACAUUCUCUUCUCUCACCCUCAUGACCACCUCAUGAAUAGCCAUUACCAUCCCCAUUUAAUGGAUGAGGAAACUGAGGCUCAGACAAGGGAGGAAACAUGCCCAAGGCUGAGGGGGUGGAACUGAGAUUCAAAUUCAGGUCUACACACAGCUUUCUACCAUGUCUGACAUCUGCUCAUCCAUUCUACAAUUCUACCGUUUCCACUGAUCUCCGAACAAGAACAGGGGGACCAAAAACUGGGCUGUACGAAAUGUGGUGUCUCGUGCCAGCACACUAGCAGCACUGGGGAUAGGGCAUGUGCGGACAGACUCUCAGGGUGUGAAGGACAACUGUUUCUGAGAUCUCAGACUGGGGCGCAUGUCGCAUGCAGAGAAGCAGCCUCAGCAGGGACAGAUGGAAGUGGCCAUUGGGACGGUUCCACAUGGCUGAACUUCAAACGCAGGAUUAUCUCCUUCUCAGAGAGCAGUCCAGCAAGGUUUGGGCUGGGGGUCUGGGGAGGACCAUGGGGAGGACCAUGCAUGGCCUGAUUCAGUUUACUUCUCUGGUACCCACAGUGUGCCAGGUCUGGAGUAAGGUUCUGAAAGGGACAAGACGGUGAUCCCACAUAGUCUUCCCCUGGGGACCACAGACUGACAGGCUGUGCUACUAGCCUGGGCUGAGAUAUAUGUGGUCAUUCCGGAGGAGGCGUGCCAGGCACUUGCCCACCACUGCCUCUCCAGGCAUCUGCCCACUCCCCGCUCUCUCCCUAGCCACCUCUCCUGUUCCAGGAGCCAGGCCAUCUCCUCUUAAGGCUUCUGAGAUUCCAAGUGUGGAGAGUUGAUGGGUCUGAAGCAGGAAGUGUGUGGAUGGGGGUGAGGGUCCUGGCUAGAAUCUACACUUUAAAACUUCAGCUGUGGAGAGAUGGCUCAGUAGUUAAGAGCACCGACUGCUCUUCCAAGGGUCGUGAGUUCAAAUCCCAGCAACCACAUGAUGGCUCACAACCAUCCAAUAAUGAGAGACAGCUAUAGUGUACUUUACAUAUAGUAAAUACAUGUUUAAAAAAAAAAAGAAAAAAAAAACUUCAGCUGUGAUAGUUCUAUGAGAACUCAUCCACCCAUGACAGUCCCCACCCCCCCAAAACAGGCCCAACCUUAUAGUCACAUGAUCCUUCCAUUAUAAAGCUAGCAGCCACCAUUGCAGGCGAGUAGGGAAUUUGGGGACAGGGACAUUUCCUGUUAAUUAAAGAAACCAAAGCUGAGAGGCCCUAUUGGGCUCGCUGUGGCCUGGGCAGGGAAGGAAACUGUCCUUCUCUGGCUCUCUGAGAGUUCUCCAGUUCUGAUUGUAGAUGCAGGGAGUGGGGCCCUGGCCUUGGUGGUGAGAUCUGCCAGUCGCUUCAGAACCUCACUGGGAGUCCAUUGUUAUGAAACACUUCCUAUCAGGACUCUCAGAAGGUGGAAUCUUCUCUCCCUGGGCUUGUAUGAACUGUCUAGACAGGCAGGCGGGUGUCAGCAGCAGCAUCUUGGGGGUGCUUUCCCCUCUGGUGCCACCACAUCCCAAAAGCCCAAGACAGGGAAAAUGCAGCCGUCAGGGGCUUGGUAGAGCUGUCAGAAGAACAUGACACGAUCUGCUGACACUGUAACACCGAAGACAUCACUUUAUUUUAUGUUCAGUAACAGUGAAAAUUGACAUCUUGUCGCCAGAAAAUAGAAAGGUGGGUUCCGGGCGCCCCCGUGUGGAGAGUUGCGGAGCUGCUACUGCUGUGUAGUUGGCGAUUAAUAGCCACAGCAUCCCUGACCUCCUUGAGCCCUCCCACGGGAGUUCUAAAGAGGGGGAGGAGGCAACACCCCAAACCAACCAAACAAAAAACAAGAAAGCUGAGAGAAUGGGUCAGAGUAGACAGAAAUGCUCUGGAACCCAAGUUCUGGUUCUCUUGUCACGUGUGACCCUGAGCAAGGUGCUCCCCUCUGAGCCUCAGGCUUCCUGUCUUUAAACUAGCAGGGGGGCUGGCUGGUCGCUAAGGCCUUUGCUGUAGACUUUGCACUAGCCUAUCAGAGAGGAAGCCCAGGCUGCAGACAGGGCCAGGACCUGUUCUUUACUUCGUCCACACCCUGCAAGGGGCCUCCGUGCCCACCCGGUACCCAGACAUGUGGGUGAUGUGGGUGGAUGUGAGAGGCACACAGGAGGCAGACUGGGCCAGAGGGAGAUUUUCUAAACUGAAGCAUGCGAUGGAUGGAGGUGGAGUUUGAGCCCAUGCAGUGGAAACGUUCUGAUGUAGAACUAGGAGCAAUGGUAGGCUGCAGUGGGUUCCCAGAAGAUGAAGCAACUUGAACAAAACCCUGGAGUGGAACUAUGUGGUCAUAGCCGGGGUAUGUGCAGGAGUGAGGUGUGGGGACCAGGGUAGUAGAUGCCAGGCUGGAGAAUUAAAUAGUCUUUGCAAGUGAUAUACACAACCAUGCCACAAACGGACAAACUCCUGCCUUGUCAUCUGGUGUCAGUCAUGUUACAGAUGAUUUCCUAUCCUUCAAGACAAUAGGGCUCUGCAACCUUAGAGCCCCUCUCUGCCCCACCAUGUUUGCCAGCUGCAGGGCAGAAUAUCUGUGUACUUGGUGAAGCCCAGAGACUCAGAAAGGGCAAAUGUGGUCGGUCCAAGUUCAGCUCCCCUUUCAAGUCUCCAGCAGGACCUAUUCCAGCCUGUAGGUGAGUGUGCGCCCCGCACGAGUUCCAGUGCAGCAACCGCUCCUGCCUGGCCUCUGUGUUCGUGUGCGAUGGUGACGAUGACUGCGGCGACGGCAGCGACGAGCGUGGCUGCUCGGACCCGGCCUGCCCGCCCCGCGAGUUCCGCUGUGGAGGAGGCGGCACCUGCAUCCCUGAGCGCUGGGUCUGCGACCGCCAGUUCGACUGCGAGGACCGCUCGGAUGAGGCGGCCGAGCUCUGCGGGCGAGCGGGCCAGGGGACCACGGCCACGCCAGCAGCCUGCGCCCCGACCGCCCAGUUCACCUGCCGCAGCGGCGAGUGCAUACACCUGGGCUGGCGCUGCGACGGCGACCGCGACUGCAAGGACAAGUCUGACGAGGCCGACUGCUCACCAGGACCCUGCCGCGAGAAUGAGUUCCAGUGUGGGGAUGGGACUUGCGUUCUUGCCAUCAAACGGUGCAACCAGGAGCGGGACUGCCCGGACGGGAGUGACGAAGCGGGCUGCCUUCAGGAGUCAACUUGUGAGGGUCCCCGCAGAUUUCAGUGUAAGAGUGGCGAGUGCGUGGACGGCGGGAAAGUGUGUGAUGAUCAGAGGGACUGCCGGGACUGGUCGGAUGAGCCUCAGAAAGUGUGUGGGCUAAAUGAGUGUCUGCACAAUAACGGCGGCUGUUCCCACAUCUGCACUGACCUCAAGAUCGGCUUUGAGUGCACGUGCCCAGCAGGCUUCCAGCUCUUGGACCAGAAGACCUGUGGUGACAUUGAUGAAUGCCAGGACCCGGAUGCCUGCAGCCAAAUCUGCGUGAAUUACAAGGGCUACUUUAAGUGUGAAUGCCACCCUGGCUAUGAGAUGGAUACACUGACCAAGAACUGCAAAGCUGUAGCCGGCAAGAGCCCAUCUCUGAUCUUCACGAACCGACACGAGGUGCGGAGGAUAGACCUGGUGAAGCGGGACUACUCGCGCCUCAUCCCCAUGCUCAAGAAUGUCGUGGCGCUGGACGUGGAAGUAGCCACCAAUCGCAUAUACUGGUGCGACCUCUCCUACCGCAAGAUCUACAGCGCCCACAUGGACAAGGCCAGCAUCCCGGACGAGCAGGUGGUCCUCAUUGAUGAGCAGCUGCACUCCCCGGAGGGCCUGGCGGUGGACUGGGUCCAUAAGCACAUCUACUGGACAGACUCAGGCAAUAAGACCAUCUCAGUGGCCACAACCGAUGGACGCCGCCGCUGUACUCUCUUCAGCCGUGAGCUCAGUGAGCCCCGAGCCAUUGCCGUUGACCCCCUGCGAGGGUUCAUGUACUGGUCUGACUGGGGUUUCCAGGCAAAGAUUGAGAAGGCUGGGCUCAAUGGUGCAGACCGGCAAACACUGGUUUCAGACAACAUUGAAUGGCCCAAUGGAAUCACCCUGGACUUGCUGAGCCAGCGUUUGUACUGGGUGGACUCCAAGCUGCACCAACUAUCCAGCAUUGACUUCAAUGGAGGCAACAGAAAGAUGCUGAUCUUCUCCACUGACUUCCUGAGUCACCCUUUUGGGGUUGCUGUAUUUGAGGACAAGGUAUUCUGGACAGACCUGGAGAAUGAGGCCAUUUUCAGCGCAAAUCGGCUCAAUGGCCUGGAAAUCGCCAUCCUGGCCGAGAACCUCAAUAACCCACAUGACAUUGUAAUCUUCCACGAGCUGAAGCAGCCAAAGGCUGCAGAUGCCUGUGACCUGAGUGCCCAGCCCAACGGCGGCUGUGAAUACCUGUGCCUUCCUGCUCCUCAAAUCUCCAGCCACUCCCCCAAGUACACGUGUGCCUGUCCUGACACGAUGUGGCUGGGCCCAGACAUGAAGAGAUGCUACCGAGCACCUCAGUCUACCUCAACUACAACCUUAGCCUCUGCCAUGACAAGGACAGUACCUGCUACCACAAGAGCUCCUGGGACAACCAUCCACGACCCUACCUACCAGAACCAUAGCACAGAGACGCCAAGCCAGACAGCUGCCGCCCCUCACUCGGUUAACGUCCCUAGGGCUCCCAGCACCAGCCCAUCCACCCCGAGCCCUGCUACCAGCAACCACUCCCAGCAUUAUGGGAAUGAAGGCAGCCAGAUGGGCUCAACAGUCACCGCUGCUGUCAUUGGGGUCAUCGUGCCCAUAGUGGUAAUAGCCCUGCUAUGUAUGAGUGGGUACCUCAUCUGGAGGAACUGGAAGCGGAAGAACACCAAGAGCAUGAAUUUCGACAACCCAGUGUACAGGAAAACGACAGAAGAGGAAGAGGAAGAUGAGCUUCACAUAGGGAGGACAGCUCAGAUUGGCCACGUCUACCCCGCAGCAAUCAGCAACUAUGAUCGCCCACUGUGGGCAGAGCCCUGUCUUGGGGAGACCAGAGACCUGGAAGACCCAGCCCCUGCCCUCAAGGAGCUUUUUGUCUUGCCGGGAGAACCAAGGUCACAGCUUCACCAACUCCCGAAGAACCCUCUUUCCGAGCUGCCUGUCGUCAAGUGCAAGCGAGUGGCAUUAAGUCUUGAAGAUGAUGGACUGCCCUGAGGAUGGGCCCACCCACUUCGUGCCUCAUGGAGUUCAGUCCUAUGCACUACUCUCUCUGGAUGGUGUGUGAUUGGAUGAGUGCCAUUUCUAUAUAUGGGUCUGUGUGAGUGUGUGUGUGUGUGUGUGUGAGUGUGUGUGUGUGUGUGUGUGUGUGUGUGUGUGUGUGUGUGUGUGUGUAUGUGACUUUUUUUAAAUUUAUGUUGCGGAAAGGUAACCACAAAGUUAUGAUGAACUGCAAACAUCCAAAGGAUGUGAAAGUUUUUAUAUGUAUAAUGUUUUAUACACUUUUUAACUGGUUGCACUACCCGUGAAGAAUUCAUGGGACAGCCACUGCUGAGUGACUAACAUGAUGCACAUAACCAAACGGGGCCAAUGGUACAAACUUCACUCAUCAUUUGAAUACAGUAUUUACAGAGGAUGUUUGAGUUGAGAGCUUUUUUAGGUUUGAGGGGCUUGAUUUUUUUGUAAAUAAAAUUAUGCUUUGUGGCUAUCCAUCAACAUAAGUAUAAAAAGAAAGAACGCUUCAACCCCCUUCCCCAUUUAGAUUAUUUAUUAACAUAUUUCGAAAGUAAGGUUAGCUCUAUAAAUAAUUUAGAGAGGUGAGAGUAUUUAUUUUUGGUAUGGCUGGCUCACUGCACAGACUCUGUGUUUAUGUGUGUGUGUCUGUGUGAGAGAAGAAAAAUCUGUAGAGAAGAGGCACGCUUAUGACUAUUGUUCAAAUACAUAAAAACAGUUAUUUUAAAACAGUCCACAAGAGGGGUGUCUAGUUUUCAGAGACACUUCAGAAACUUUGCUCAGAAAACAGAUGCUACAGUUUGUGCAGGCAUGCGGUAGGAAAGGUAGAUCACCUCUGGCUACUCCUGAGGCCCUGCUGAGCCAGCAAAAUGCUUUCCAGUUCCUCUUUGGCUCUCACGAUGCCCACCUAGGCUUUCUGGCCAGUGUACUGAACAGUGCUACAAGCCCUCAGGAGCUCAAGAUAGCAGAGUCCUUCUUUCAAAGCCCAGCUUAGUGAGGACUUGGGUCAACUUCAGUAAGCUUCCUCUGAAGCAACUGAAGGCCGAGCCUUUAGAGCAACCAUUGUCAACCUUUGUGGGUCGCCUAAGAGCAUCGCAAACCAGAUAUUUACAUUAUGAUUCAUAACAGUGACAAUCACAGUUAUGAGGUAGAAAGGAAAGGGAUUUUAUGGUUGGGGGUUAGUCCAACAAGAGGGACAGUGUUAAUGCUUCUGAAGCAUCAGGAAGGUUGAAAGCCACUGCUCUAGAGCCAAGUGAGUGCAUGUCUAGGGUUCCCAUGUUUACAGUAAGGACCGGCUCAGGCACUGACCCUCUGAGUCACGUGAAUGAGGACGAAGAAUUUGGAAUAGGUUUGGUUACAUCUAUUUCUCAUCCCCUUAUUUUCCACCAUUUAAAAAUAAUAAACAUGUUUCUUACCACCGUAUGUUCAUAUGGAUAAGACUAAGUCCAAAAAGGUGACUACAUCCAAAUUUAUAUUUCGGGGAAAUACCAUGAGAUAAUUAUAGCAUACUGGGCAUGUGUCCACACACGGAUUGGUUUCACUGCUUUAUAAAUAAAAGGAACAACUCUGGGUAUUUGUAUAGAAUUUUCUUCAUAUGUAACAUCUUUCCAUUUCCUGAGCCUUGGGGGUGGGGUGGGAGAAUGCCACUUGCUGUCUGUGAAGUCCACUGUUGGAAACAUAAUUCCAUAGUCCCAGAAGGAAUUCAGUCCCCACCAACUUACUCUUUCAAAGUGUGGUCUUCCCGCGACUCUGCAGCUCUGCAGUUCACUCCAGCUGAACGACCAGGGACAAGUACAACACAGGAGUUUGGCUUAAGUGGCAGCAGACUAAUAUCUAAAGUUGACAUAACUGAAAUCUGACAUUUGAGGCAUAUGUCUCCGCGUCCCCACACACCGGCUUGAGUGGCUCACCUGCUUGAUGUCCUUUCAACUUCCGGGGAGACCGUCUGGAGACCUGUCAUCCUGUCAUCCUGUUCCUAGGAGCUUGCUCUAUGUCACUCAUGUUUUCCUAACCUUUAAAAAAUGGCUGUGUUCCAAGCCUGGCCAUUAUGUCUGACAAUGCACGUGUUGAUGGUCUUGAGAUAUACAGUGACUAAAUGCAGCUGACCCCUGACCCAUUCCAAACAGUCUCAAGGACAGGCAGCUGAGUCCCCUGCAGCUCGCCUGUCACUGUUCAUCCAGGAAUGGAGAGGAGAAAUCAAGUUUACUAAAGAAAAAGGUUAGAAGUGAAAUCAUCAAAAUUUACACAAGAUAGGCAGGGUUUUUCCCUUUAAUCUGCCUCCAAGGAAACUGAAGCAGUGAUAGUGUAUAGUUUCUGAACAAACGUUCAUAGCCUAGCCUUCACAACAAGGCUGAAACAUACCGUCUAGGGUUUCCGAAAGAUGAAAGAAUUCAUAUCAGAAAUACCAUGUUUCCUGAAUGUGCCACAGCUGCAGUCUAAAAGCAGCCUACAGUAAACAGAUGGGCAAAUCCAGGGACGGCCGGAGAGCGGAAGCACUCUGAGGGACCAGACCGACCUCCUUCUAUCCUUGGAAACUUUUUGAGCCUCAUUCUGAGGUGUAAUUCAGACUUCUGUUGCCUUUCGCCUCUGCCUAUGUAUCCACAGCCAAUAACAGCUGAAAGGAAACUCAGUAAUAAACCAAAAGGACAGAAAAUUCAACAAACGUUACUUAUUAAAACGAAGCCAACCCCUUCCUUCUCUAGAAGACAACUCUGAGCAGCCUGAACAAGGUCUCAGACCUGCAUCCUCUCCACAGCUAUCUGCCCAGUGGAUUGAAGGCACUAACAGAAACGACUUUCCUGAAACAAGAAACUACAGCUUUGUUUACUCUUCAGAAUGUGUGUAUGUGUGUGCACAGAGGGACAGGAUGAGACGGCUUCUGACAAGGAGUAAGAAGAAUGAGACAGGAUUUAAACUGAUGUCAGUGAACACUGUUGAAGCCCUCCAGUUAUCCUCAUGUCUUAGUAACAUACUCAGAGUAUUCACUCGCUGCUGUGUGCCAGGCUUUGCAGACAUUGCAGGUCAAUUCAACAGUUUUCACCCUUUCCAAACUCACAGCAGUACAUAUGGAUACAAAAAGAAAAAAAAAUUUUCCCAUAGAUUUCACCUAGACUACUCCCAAGGCACAACAAAAGAGAUGGGCCAUUUUACCUGAAGAGGUGGAAAUAGGUCUACAUAGGAAUGACCCAAAGCAAUGUCUUAAAACUUAAAAAGUGGUGUUCAGGCUGCUUCUAUGAGAAGAGGCUGGGCUCAGACUGGGAGUGAAUCAGCAGCAGGAAUUUCAAGGAAAACAUGGAGUUCCUUACACCUGGAAUAAAGAACUUUAGCAGGGUUGGCAAGAUGUGAAACUGGAUGGAAAGACAAGUUCAACACAAGCACUUUAUAAAAUAGUCUGAUGUAAGUAAGCAGACAUUUGUUUGGUCGUCGGUUCCUGUGUGCAAGGCAUCAUGGGAAACUCCCUGCCAGCACUUGGCAGGCAUUAUUCCACCUCAAGCUUUCCAGAGACCACAGGGAAAUGACUGUUUUCUUUAUUUGAGCCAGAGGUUUUGAUAUGGUUCCUGAAGGCUAACAGAAGGGCGGUGGGCUUGUCAACAGAAGCACGCCAUGUUGCCGAGCACCUGUGAGGUCCUCACGUGGGAGGAAGAGAACAAGGUGGUUAAGAUAGAGAAUCUGGAGAGGGUACCCCAAUCACACUACAGUCGGGUGCUACUGGGUGGAGGAGAAAACCAUCCUAACCCCACAGCACUGCAAAGACGCUCCUGUCCCGCCACACUCCCACCAUCACGAACAUCAGUAAGUCAGCAGUUUCAGAUUCUGCCAUUUCCUUCCCCAUAAAAGCAUGAAGAUAGGGAGUCGGUGUCCUUACGCUUUAUUUUUAGGGUAUUUGGGAGUUUCCAGGAUGUGAAGAAGUUAGGUGGAGGAAAUUACGGCUUCAAUUUUUUUCAGUUAACUACAGGACGCUUCAUUCAGGCCGGGCACCAUGUGCACAGUCUUAAGAAGCAGCAGGAACUGCAUUUGCAAACACGUGUUGUAAAAAAUUAAUUUUAAAAAAGCUACCUGUAUAAAUAUAAAUAUAUAUAUUUAAAGACAAGGUUUUGAUACUUUUUUUUUAAAAAACAAAAACUACAAGAGAAGACUGUACAAACCACGGGCUUUUAAAAUAGCAUUUUGCUCUCUACAAGCUGUUAAUGUCAGGGGUGAGGGGUGAGGGACUGGUUUGCAAACACACUAUCCAAAUGGAUUUGCUUGUUUUGUCAAGCCACCCUCCAAAUUACCAUAUUUGGUGUAAUAGUAGGGCAUGUAAAGUUAUUGGGUCCCAUUAACCAUUUCUGCUCUUGUCAUGUCAUUCCGGGUUCCGUUAGCUCCCGUACUCGGCAAUCCAGCUUCUUCCAGAGGCAGAGGGGCUGAAGGAAGUGUGCUCCAUUUCACUAGCUGUACUGACAUCAUCCACAUGUGGACAUUUGUAAUAUCAGUACACUAUUUCUAGAGAGAUUAAAUUCAUUUUUUAAAAUCUG